AUGACGGACCAUCUUGCUAUUAUUGCGUCCGAGUUAGGGGACGCAACAGAUUUCGAGGUUGAUGGCAUCGACAACCUCAGCGAGAAUGAUGUCAGUGACGAGGAGAUUGAUGCUGAAGAGCUUGCCCGGCGAAUGUGGAAAGACAAGGUCAAGCUCAAGAGGAUCAGGGAGAGGCAGCAGAAGCUCGCUUUGCAGCGGUUGGAGCUGGAGAAAUCCAAGACAAAGAAGAUUUCAGAUCAAGCUCUCCGGAAGAAGAUGACGAGGGCUCAGGAUGGGAUUCUGAAGUACAUGCUCAAGCUGAUGGAGGUGUGCAAUGCACGGGGGUUCGUGUAUGGGAUUAUUCCUGAGAAAGGGAAGCCUGUUAGUGGUGCAUCGGAUAACAUUAGGGCCUGGUGGAAGGAGAAGGUGAAGUUUGAUAAGAAUGGGCCAGCAGCGAUUGUAAAAUACGAGGUUGAGCACUCGAUGCUGAGUAAUCCUAAGAGCAGUGGAGCCAUGAACCAGCAUAGCCUGAUGGACCUCCAAGAUGGCACUCUGGCCCACAGCAGCGAAGCUAUCCGUUGGAUAUGGGUGUCCCGCCCCCUUGGUGGCCAUCAGGGAAUGAGCCAUGGUGGCCUGCGUUGGGCCUUCAAGGGAGAAGCGCCUCCGUACAGGAAACCACAUGAUCUGAAGAAGGUUUGGAAAGUUGGUGUUCUGACGGGUGUGAUCAAGCACAUGGCCCCAAACUUCGAUAAGAUCAGAAAUCGUAAGUCUAUUCACAGUUUUGGCAGUGCUUUACUACCGAUUGCCCAGCAUAGUACUUCAGAGGACAGAACUGAGGGCAUAUAUAGCAGCAGUGACGAGUAUGAUGUCGACCGCCUGGAGCAACCUCCUCGUUCUACAUCAUCCAAAGAUGAUGAGGAGAUGCUCAGCCUGUUUUGCAGAUUAGAGAGAGAGAAGACCUCAACUAGAGUGCCUAAGAGAAAGCGUCAAGAUAAACCCUCCAACCAACUAGCUAUUAGCAAGGAAGAAACGACUAAACCUAAAUCUCGACAGCAGAGAAGGCCCUCAGCCCGUCCUCCAGUUGCUGAGGUUGAGGUUGAAGUGACACAAAGAAAUGACAAUCAGCCAGAAGUAGUGUGCAAAGCAGCUGAUAAUAUGGACUUUAUUGACCCAAUUGAUGUGUUGGGCAUGACUAACCAGCCAACGAGCCCUAACCAUGCCCCUACAAUUGGAGCUUUGCAGCAGCACGGAGAUUGUCAAGGGAAUUUUCUAUCUCCUGGUGCUGUGAUCAACAACUACAACAGCAACCAGGCUGCAAGUGCUGCUCAAUCAAGCACUUAUCUGGGCGACCAUCCCCUGGCUUGUGAAGGCAGUGAUAUUGCCAAUUCAUGGUCUGGACACUCCUUUCGGCAGGAUAUUGGUGUUGGGCCUAUUGGUUUUAAUCCUUCACCAGUUGUUCAUCAGGGUUUGGCAAUGCAGCAGCCACUACCACUGCCUAUGGAUCACCAAGCGCCUAUCAUGGGGACAGGUGCUCUCGCCACGAAUGGUUCUUACAGUCUCCCGACGGCAGGCAGUGGGAAUUCUGGGACAAUCGUUGGUGAGACCCACCAGCAGCUCAUGGACGAUCCUUUCUUCGGCGAUGCCGGAGACAGCACUUUUGGUGGAAUUCCUUUCAGCCUCGUUCCUUUCAGUAGUUCGAUGCUCAACUUUGAUGACUUGGUGGACGACGAGGACUUGAUGCCGUACCUGGGCACAUGA